CUUUACCCAGGCAUAAGCAGCAGCACUUGCUGUAUCGAUUCAAGCCAUUCAAGCACGUAAACUGGAUAACUAGUCUUGCUGAAAGCGCGACAAGUGGAUGACGGGUUUGAAAAGCUAUGGCUGCGGGAGAAAAGUCCGUUUCUGAGUUACUCAGAGAGGUCGCUUAUCGGUUGGAUGUCAAUAUAAGGCCUUUACCUCAUUCUGAAAUAGGAUCACAGCAGCAGCAGCGUGUUUUUGAUGAUUUGGUUUCUGGACUAAGUUCACAUAACAGUCCAGCAUCAAGGCUACCAAAUGCUAAUGCUAGCGCAGGUGGCCACGCUCCACGAACCCCAGUACAAGCAGAGGUCGCAAGAUUGUUUGCCCCUUACAGAGCAAGGCCAUCCUCAACACCUUCAUCUCUGGCCUCCCAAUCAUCCAAGAAAGCCUGCCGCGUCACAUACACACACACAUUCUUCUGCUUAUGUGAUCACAUGUCGGACACAGUACCAGCCAAAGCAGUUAAAUAUGAACUAACGGCAGCUGGACUUGGGGAAAAACGGAUCUCAUUUCGAGCAAGGGAUGAUGAUCCACUAAUCUUCAAGGCGACCAUUGAGGAUAACUAUCCUCAGCUAAACGACACAGGAGGGUUUGAAUUGCUGAGAAUCUCAGGGACAACACGAAGCCGUAACCUGUGCUCAAUCCCAUGCCCAGACACUGGAUAUACAGUACGCUAUCUCCGCAGCCCUUUGACUGGAAUUGGACAAGCAGUAAUCUAUAUAAGACCACUACAGAAGAGUAUCUCUUUGGAAAAUAGUUCCUGCACCCUCCAGCAACAAGGGCCACUCACAAAAUGUCUGAGCUGUGACACAGAAAUUCCAUUAAAUAAAAUGAAAAACCACAUCAGCAAAUGCACAAGCUCACUGAAUGGUGCAGAACCUCGGUUGGUUACUGAGACUCAGGCUAGGCAGGCUGAUAAUUCUACCGUAGGGAUAGAGGUCCCAUCCUGUAGCAGCAGCAAUGCCUGGAACCUUUGCAGCAGUGCAGUGGAACAGGAUGUUGUUAUCUUGGCAUCUACCACUGUCUCAACAAGAGCUGAGCAAUCUUCACAUGACAUGGUAGAGCCUCAAGAUGCAGCAUCUCGUCGAGAUGAAGAAAAAUCAAGUGUAGGGGAAACACCAGAGUGGAAAUGUGAAGCUGAUGGAACCAGAGCUGCAUGGCUCUACAAGUCUAAAUUACUUGCACAGCAUGAGACUAAAAAGGCUGUUGUCCUGCGAAUGGAUUUGAGGGAAAGUAUAAUGGAUCAAGAGAGAUCACUUAUCUCCUUUUACAAAGAGCCAAAGGUCGAGUGGGCAAGCCCUGUCUGCUGCAAACUGGAAGGAGAUGCAGCUGUCGGGGAAGGGGUGAAGAGAUUCUUCUUCUCAAAGACGAUUUCUCUAGUACAGUUUGGUUUUCAUUUGAACUUUGGGAACACAGACAUUACAAGAUUGUUUGAUGGAGAACCAGAUCACUUGACACCAUCUACCUCUCAAACUCUGCUGGAGAGUGACAUGUUCUUAGUGGCAGGAAGAAUGAUGGGCCAUUCGUUCAUUCAUGGUGGACCAUGUGUGUCUGGGAUGAGUCCUGCAAUCAUUCAUGUCCUUUUCGGUGGUUCACCUGAAACGGCUACAAUUCAGAUUGAGGAUUGCCCCGAUAUUGAUAUCCGCAGCACUAUUCAGCUGCUUGACAGCAGUGCUGAAUUAACAGAAAAGGAAAAAAGCAAUGUUCUCGAGCUGGCACUUUCUUGGGACCUGCCAGGUGUCACACAAACCAAUCGACGGUGGCUGUAUGAACGUCUUUUAUUCCAUGCUGUCAUGACUCGAACAAGUCGCCAGGUAAAGCAGCUGAGGAAAGGGCUCAAGGAGACCAUGGUUUGGCCGCUUCUCACAGAGAGAGCUGACAUUAUUCCCCUGUUCUUACCAAGGGAAUCAGAGACUGCUCCCACUGGUGAGUCUAUCCUAGAAAAGAUUGUGUGGCCUGUAAUGGAAGACGAUGAAGAUGAGGAAGAAUGCGCUGUUGAGGACCAGUGCAGAGUAACAGGGUACCUUCGGUCUUUCAUUGAAAAUGCAUCAUGUGAACAACAUAAGGCCCUUCUGAAAUUCUGGACUGGAUGGGAAGUCCUGCCCACAGAAAUGACUGUAGAAGUGGUGAAUGGCAAAGGUCUUCCUAAGUCUUCCACCUGUUUCGAGGUCCUGCGUCUUCCUGCACAUUACCAGAACUAUGAGUCAUUUUGUGUGGAUAUGCAGGCAUGUCUCAAAUCCUCUGACUCAGGUUUUGGCCUGGUUUAGGACUGAUAUAAACUGCAAUGGAGUUGUUUGUUGUUCCUUUACUGCACUAUGUGUGAGUUCCAGUUAAUUAUACAGACAGGGAAAAUACAGAUACACCUACAUGAAGGUUUCAGUAAUGUGAAGUGACAUGAAGUCAUUUUUCCAUUCAUUUGGGUCUAGAAAUCAUAUUACACAAUCCUGAUGUUGUCAUUUAAGUCUUGGUUUAAUAACUUGUCUAAUACAUUAACAAAGAAUAGAUAUUUCUCAAUUUUACAUAACAUCUUCUCGGCUUUUUUAGGUGAUUAUUUUCCUUCCAUUUCGAGUUAAAUUGAGAAUUAAACACGCUCAAUGGGCUAUUAGACUUUUGGACCCCUCUGUAUUUCUAUUUUUUUUUGUUAAUAUUUGCUUCAUACAGAUGCAAUACAGACUUGUAGAGUAAAAUUAAGGAAUAAUCAUAGUGCAUGCAUUCUAAUAAAUCUGUGUUGUUACAUGUGUACAAAUUUAUGUACAGAGCUGGCACAGAGGUUUGUAUCUGAAAACAUUUGCUAGGUUGCCACAGUUGUUCCAGUGGUAAAAAAAGGAUUUAAGUUUGAGAAUCUGUU